CAAAGGUAAUGCUAACGGCUGCGAGGUCUUCUGAAAAUUCUGGCGAGAGCUGCGCUUGCACUAUUUUGUGCACUGCAAAGAAGAGCAUGCAGCACAUUGUGGUGACCGUGGCCAUGAUUUGCAUCGUGGCGGUAAACGGAGGCCGCAGGUGUGGCAAUAAAGAAGUUUGCGGGCCUGCACAAUGUGGACCCUUAGAAAGGCCUGUGCACGGGAGUCCUCGGCGCGACCGCUUCUGCCGACCCUUGUUCACUCCCCCUUGGGAGCUGUGGAAACUGCGAAGCUGUGUUUGCAAGCGACGCUACUUACGCAAUUCAUGGGGCGAGUGCGUCCCCAGACUAAAGUGUAUACCUUGCAAGUUCAAAUGGCAGAGAGAUUAUCGCGCGUGUGCACCAGGAUGUCCAGCAACCUGCAACAAGCCAUUUAGGACAUCGUGCAACGUACCGUGUACUGCCGGAUGUGUCUGUCCUCCAGGUUGGGUUGUGCACCCUAGAAACCCAAGGAGGUGUAUGAAGGCCUACAAAUGUCUCCCGAGAUGCCCAUCCAAUUCAAGCUACCAGGCCUGCGUUUCCACAUGCCUGCCCAAAUGCGGUAGAAAACCACCGAAGAAGUGCCGUGUUAAUUGCGAAAGAGGAGCCUGUAUAUGCAAGAAGGGCUACCUUGAACUCGAGCGAAAUGGAAGAAAGACUUGCGUGCUCCAGGCAGUGUGUUCCUGGAAUACUCGCACGACGCAACUGUUUAAGCCUAACGCGACCGAGUACACUGGCAGCAGGCAGGGAUCCCGUACAACCAUUAAUGAGCCAAACAGUGUCUCACCACAGCCAGAACCUGCGGCCCACGGUUCCACAGUUGCCAUGGUACCCACAAAUGUUAUGCCCACACACCUGCAGGGUACUUCAUUAAGCGUUAAUGCAGGUCACACAACAGUUACUACGAGCGAAGGCGCAGGAUCUAUGGUAUCAGAUGGAGGCCGAACAGGCAGCGCAGGAGCCGAUACUCGUGUUCGGCACUCAUUAGGUACAGCAGGAAUCAUUCCUGAAGGUACAUCAAGAAACACUAGGAUUGCAGUCACAGGUGGCUCUUCAGGGUUUGGCGAGGUGAUUAUUGGGCCACCUUCAACCAGUACACUGCACCAAAGUCACUCAACAACAGCUGGGAAUGUAACUGUAGCCCAUGGAACACAUGCUCAUGUUGGUAGCUCAGCGAGCCCUGGGUUUACAGUCACAAGUAGUCCCUCAGGUCCACAUGGGGCAGUAGGAGUCGGCGAGGCUACUUUCGGGGCACCCUCAAAUGACACACUGCUUCGAGGAUCAGCAAGUAUAGCCGGCGAUGUUGUUGAAUCUGCUAGAGGAAAUAUUCAUGUUAGCUCCAGCAACACUGCUUUGGCACUCACGAAUGGUUCCUCAGGAGUCGUUGAGACAAAUGUCGGGGCAUCCUCUACAGGUUUACUGCGCCCAGGCGCCACUAGAGGGAGCAUUCAUACUGGUAGGUUAGGCAGCACAGGGGCUGCAGUCACAAAUGGUUCUGCAAGAGUCAGCGGGGUUAGUCUCGGGGCACCUGCAACUGGCACACCACGCCAAGGUUCAGCAAAUAUAGCCGGCCGUGUCACUGAAUCUGCUGUAGGAAACAUUCAUGUUAGUAGCACAGGCAACACUGGGGUAACUGUCACAAGUGUUUCCUUAGGAGGCGACGAGGCUACUGUAGGGGCACACUCAGUGAAUGCACUGCGACGAGGCCCUGGAGUAACAGCAGGAAAUGUCACUGAAUCUGAAACUUUAAGGACUCACACAUCUGUUAAUGCAGAUGUUCCCACGGGCACUACCCAGCCAGGUGCUCGACAUUUUACGAAUGUUGUGCUAACAGGUCUGGAAGCCACUUCUUCAGGUGGUUAUCCAGGUCUUACCAUGGCUAACCCAAGCGAACGCACCCAUCCUGUAAUAUUAGGUGCAGGCCGUACAAGUAGAAGAGGCGGAGCAGGAGUCGGGACUAGGAUUAUACUCUCGACAGGUGCCGGAAGAAAUGUUCCUGUGGGCACCCCAAGGAGCACAGGGAUUGCAGGCAUAAACGGUUCCAUAGGAGUCAGUGAGGCUAGAGUUGGAGCAUCUACAAAUGACACACUGCACCCUGGCUCACUAGAUAUAGGCCGGAGUGUCGUUCAAUCUGGAAGAGUUAGUAGGCGCCGAGCUGGUAGUGCAGACCUCUCUGUUAGUACAGACGCGAACUCAAAUGGCGCCUUCUCAAAUGGCGGGGCGACACUUAUGGGCACGCCUUCCGGUAUUGGUGGCCCAGUUGCCGUGGUGCCGCUACCAGCUGCCGUAGUGCCAAGCCUGACUGAUUCCAGACGCAGCACUAAUGAUUUAGGGCCACAUUUCAGUUCAGGGCGAACAAACUUUACAGCGACAGAAGCGCCCAGAGAGGGUUCGCUGUCAAGUGGUACUAUGGCACAUGGUGGGUCUGCCGCCACAGUAGGAACAUAUGGUGCCGUACGGCCUGUUACAGCAUCAAGCGGCACUACAGGCAUUGUUCCUGAAGCAACUGCUUCAAUGGUGAGUAGAGGAAGUCCUACCUCUGGUACUAUAACCCUGUCUCCCACCACACUGUCUCAUGUUACUGAAGACCAUAACAGGAUGAGUAUGGGAGUACCCACCGGAAGUCUGAGCAGCGGUGCUGCUACAGUAAUAGGCAGCAGUGCCACAGUAUACAAUCCAAGAAAUAUCUACCCCCCUGUGUCCGCAACCCCACUUUUACAUGAGACCCGAACAAAUGGUGCAGGUUCCUUAGGAAAUGUGCCCCCAAGUAUUUCUGCGUCAACAAGGCGUGAGGCACCUUUAGAUACACAUACUUCCUACCUGUUGGAUACAGGAGGAAGAAGUGCUAUCGUCUCCGGCACACCUUCUGGCGCAACGCAUCUCUCACAUGCCACAGGAACGAGGACGGAAGGCUCCCCUGCAAUUGUUUCGGAAAACGCUUCACAGCCUUCAAAUGGGGAAGCUACAUUACUAUCAUUGUUAUCUGCCGCGUUACGAGUUGGUCCAGAAAGUGGAAGGGGCGUUGUAACUACACAGAGUAAUCCAGAGCAGGCCUCGCCCACUACUGCAACUGGGGUAAUCCCCGUUUCAACAGUUGUACCAAGUGUUACUGAGUCUGCAGGCGCAAUCUCAAGCAUAGGUAGCCUCGCCGCAGGGGGUGUAAGUACAGGCGAAGGUGGCGCAGUGAUGAAUGCCAGAACUAUGCCGGCAACUGGUGCCGCAAGCUCUCUAUCGGAUCUAACUGAAGGCACGGAAGGUACCCCGACACGAGCUGCCGGAAGCAUUUCUGGGUCCAUCGGGGGUGCUGCUAUCGGGAAUACAAUUCCAUCUGCUCAUGUAGAAGCAGGUGGACUUGGAAAUAUAUUGAGUUUACUACAUACCUCCCCGAGUACUGCUGCAGGGCCUUUCUCAGGAGGCGCUAAUACAAGAGAAGCCCAUUAUAUUUAUUCAGGUAGUCCAAGCGAUACUUUGCCCGUUGGCGCCGCUGCUAUAUUAAGUGCACUCACUGCCUCAGGAACGAACAGCCCGACAGGAAUUUCACUUGGCCCUCGAGGGACGAGCACAGACAUAGCAACACAACCUUUCACGGGCGAUAAUGAAGCAAGAGCUUCAGCUCCCUCCCUUUCUUGAUAAUUUUAGGCCAUCCUAGAGUUACUCUGGGCACACUGAUAAAAAAACAACUAGCGAAGCCCUUCAGAUUGUGCCAUCGGACAUGGUGUUGGAACACCCUGAAAUGUCCUAAGCACAGAAAAAUAAAUUGUGUUAUUUCGUAAAUACCCCAUUAGUUCGUUUAAUUCGCGCUACUGUUUUUAAAUUGCGCGUAAUACCAAUGCCGCGCAAUGUCAUUCUUCCAGACGAAUUAUUUUAUUAAUAAUAACGUACAGGAAAUUUGCGCCACAGAAACAAGACAUGUACAUACACAUAUAUAUGGACAUACGCUUGACUCAACCGCGUCCAACUGGGGCGCAGUUUUUCAGAGUGAACCUCGUCCCAGUUCGCCCAAUCGUCACUUACUCUUGACAAUAAACGUUUGUUGACGUU